AUGCCUGCGACAGCAAACAAAGGGAAAGCUAAGAAAUGUCUGAAGGCUGCUCUGGAUCGGACCCCUGCACAAGAUGCGCCCGCAAGAAGCAACGUUGCCAUUUUCCCUCCCGAGGAUGUACGAGUCUCGGUCUCGGAGCGCUAUCUACGACAGCUUGAGGAACAUUUAAAUCAAAGCAACGGCUUCCCUCGCACAAGUGGUUCGAGGCAUAGACCUCUGAGUGGACCCUCAGAUGUUGGACGCGAUAUCAAUUUGACAACCACAAAUGCAACAUCGUAUCUUUUGCAUGAUCAACCUGAAGCCCAUUUGGGAGAUAUCACCAACGAAACUCCGCAUCAGCAGCGAGAGCGUUCUGGCAGCGAUCUCGACAUCGAAGAAGAACGCAGGUCACGAUUCUCAAGAAAUCCUCUCGUGGAUAGGGAUCCUUCCUUUGCGCAGACACCGGACGGCCGCUUCUACCCAUGGCACUUAGAUGGAAUGGCAUUUAAGCUCCAAUGGAAGCCUAUGCACUCUGACGAAGUUCCUGAUGUGGCCAAUUUACCACCAUUGGAUUAUGCAUUGUUUCUUUUCAAUACUGUCAAGUUCUACUUUGGCUUUCUUUCAUUCAUGAUUGAUGAGGAUGCUUACCUUCGAAACCUACAUGAGUUCUACAAAGACCCUGCAGCGAAAGCGGCCACUUCGCGUUAUUGGUACGCUCAGUAUCUUCUCGUUCUGGCCUUCGGAAAGGCGUUUCUGACUCAAAAGAACGCCUCCGGGGCUCCCCCGGGUCACCAAUAUGCCUCAAGAGCAAUGGCUCUUUUACCGGACUUGUCUGGUAUGCACGAAGACCCAUUGACCUGCAUCCAGGCGCUGAGCCUGGGGGCAGUCUAUCUUCAGUCUAUUGACAUGAGACGGGCUGCAUUCCAGCACAUCGGACAAGCUUUGCGUGGUUGUAUAAUAGAAGGUAUUCAUAGACAUGUUCCAGAAGAAUUGGGCGGACCGGAGCUCUCCCGUCGCUGCAGAACCAUAUUUUGGGUGGUCUAUAUGUUAGACAGGGAAUUCUCUGCGCUCAUGGGCGCACCGAGCUCGAUCAGAGAUGAAGAUAUCACAGUCAGAUUACCAGCAGAGGUCGAACAUUCAGUUGAGCAUAUCAAUUUGACGCUGCAUGUCCGUCUAUCGCGUUUAAUGGCUGAAAUCUUGGCAAAUGUCUACGGAGUUGGCGACGAAUUCAACGGGUCGCUCGUCCGAAACAUGCAAUCCAUACUUCAUAGCAUGGCAGAGCUAUCUCAUGACCUGACAGCAUUCUUGAAUACACACUUCCACGGGCUGAUCAGUCGAGCCUCCAAGAUGGCGAUUCGACUGAUGCUGGCCCAUCACCAUUGUGUGGUUCUGACAACAAGACCACUGGUGAUGUGCGCUCUCCAUAUGCACAUUGAACGCACCGAGAGACGCGCAUCCAAAACAAUAUCACUUUCUCCACCCGUCGCUUCGCUCUUACAAUGUUGUGCCGAUUCCGCCCAGACUAUUCUCCAAACACUACAAACAUUAGCCGAUGACGAUCUCAUAGAUGCGUUCCUACCUUUCCAGAUUGAAGAUGCAUCAUCAUCUGCCUUCGUGCUCUACUUGCUUCGCGCAAUUUCCCCUGAGCUCAUCCAUAGUAACAACUGGUGUGAAAAUCUCAACAGUGUGCUGGAUAAGCUAAUUUCAAAGGGAAAUCUGGCAGCGCCACUUCGAAAGCAGGAGCUAAAGCAGUUGGAACAAAUCCUGGCACCUUUAACUCCUAAUCUCUCAAUCUCUUUGCCUCCAGUGAAUUUUGAUGAAGCCCCAGAUGAGGGUGAGGAGGUCUAUGAUCUGGACCAUGUUGGCGUCGGCGACGAAUUUGAGUGGGACUUGCUGGGUUUAAACUCUUCUGUUAGCCUUCCGCCGAGAGAAUUGCUUGAUCUUGCGGAUCAGCUAGACGUGGAAAGCAUCAUGCAAUCCGUGAAUUGUGUAGUCGAAUCGAGCAAUUGA